AUGGAUAGAACACCGGCGAGUCUCUUUCGAAAACAAACCGCCGUUCCGCCCUCCUCCGUGCUGCCCUCGUCGUCACCCGCCUUCGGCACGCCAGUGCAUCCUCCAAGGCCCUUCAACCUAAACGCUCCCAAAGCCGCCGUUUUACCCAUCCUCUUGCCACCCGCCACCCUUCGACCCCUUGCUUUCCGCACAUUCACAAAAAAGCAUUCUCUCACCCUCACUUCGUCGGCGCUGCAAGAGCUGGCCACCUUCAUUGGCCGGCACUGCGGCUCGGGAUGGCGCGAAGAGAGCCUCGCCGAGCGAGUCUUGGAGGAGGUCGCGAGAAGCUGGAAGAGCAGAAACGGCGGCGUUAUAGUGGAUGGUACCAACAAGGAGCUGCAUGACAUCCUCAAAACGCUCGAGGGCAACAUGAGCGGGGGCAAGGUUGUUGGGCCCGGCAAAGGUCUACCGAGGGGCGACAGCAUGCUCGAGGUCAAGGAUGGCGACGCACUCAGCACCAGGCUCGGUCUCCGACCGACUGGCCCCGCGAGACAAGACAGCAACGCCAGUUUCGGCAUGUCAGGUCUUGGAGUUCAGGAAGACGGUCCAGGUCCAGAGGCGGAGGAGGAGGAGGAGGACGACGACGAAGCAAGCGAUCCGCGGGCAUGGCUAAACGUCGUCAACGCAUUUGACCAACCUAGGCUGGUGUACAAUGUCGGCAAAAAGCACUUUGAGAGAGAAACGACCAAGCCGUCGCUGUUCCCGCCCGCGUCGCACAAGACGACCGUGUUUCGAAAUCGCUACCAGGUAAUCCACCAGCGGUUACUGCGAAGCGAAGCCUUCCAGACCUCGUCCGUCUCGUCGUCUCGAAGGCGUGCGCUCCGACGGUCCUUGCCGGACCAGCAAUCCUUGAGAAUCACCCCCAUCGCCAACAUGCUCGGCCGACACGGCAGCAAUCACAUGCUCCUCGGCCAACUCAUCAUCCUGCCCACCGGGAAACUCGCCAUCAGCGACCUGACGGGCGCCAUAGCCCUGGAUCUCAGCCAAGCCGUCGCCAUUCCCCAAGACUCGGCGUGGUUCUGUCCCGGCAUGAUCGUCCUGGUCGACGGUGUGUACGAGGAAGAGGAAGAGUCGGUCGGCAAGGGCUUGAGCGGCAGCAGCGGGGUUGGCGGGACGCUGGGCGGCAGGUUUCAGGGCUUCUUCAUCGGCCAGCCGCCGUGCGAGAAGCGCCGGGCAACCCUGGGAAUAAGCGGCCCCGACGGCGGCCAGGACCACACCAUUGGCGGCGGCUUCGGAUGGGUCGACUUCCUGGGGGUGGGCAGCGAAAGAGCAGUCGGGACCAAGAUGCGGCGGAUCGAGCGGCGGCUCAUGCACCAGCAUCCCCCGGACGUGCCCGGCAGAGGGCGCGCCGUCAUCAUCGGGGAGCUGAACCUGGACCAGCCACGAGCCCUGCAGGCCCUGCGCAAGAUCCUGUCCGUGUACGCCGCGGAACCAGAAGGCUCUGCCCCCGUCGCGUUCGUCAUAACCGGUAACUUCACCCAGCAGGCCGUCAUGGCCCGCGGCGGCAGCGGCGGCAGCAUCGAGUAUAAGGAGUACUUUGACGCGCUGGCCUCGGCGCUGUCCGACUUCCCCACCCUCCUCCAGUCGUGCUCCUUUGUCUUCGUCCCCGGCGACAACGACGGCUGGGUCUCCGCCUUCACCGCUGGCGCGUCGGCGCCCCUGCCGCGAAAGCCCAUCCCCGAAAUGUUCACCUCGCGAGUGCGCCGCGCCUUUGCCGCCGCCAACCCCGACGCCGCCGGGCCGGGCCCCCACGGCGUCCCCGGCUGCGCCAUCUGGGCCUCUAACCCCAGCCGCCUGGCGCUCUUUGGCCCCAGCCACGAACUCGUCCUGUUCCGCGACGACCUGUCCGCCCGCCUGCGCCGCACAUGCGUUGAGCUGAAACGCACCGCGCCGGCGCCGCCAGCCGAAGCCGCCCCCAUGGAGUUGGAUUCCGGCCCCGACAACAACAGUACCAACAUCCACACCAACACCCCCCUGGUGAGCGACGACAUCCGCGCCGCCCAGAAGCUGGUCAAGACUGUUCUGGACCAGGGCUUCCUCGCCCCCUUCCGACAGGCCAUGCGCCCCGUGCACUGGGACUACUCGUCCUCGCUGCACCUGUACCCUCUCCCCACGGCCGUGGCGCUCGUCGACCCGACCGCCCCGCCGUUUUGCAUCACCUACGAGGGCUGCCACGUCAUGAACCCGGGCAGCGUCCUUGUGCCGGGGCGCAAGGGCGUGGGCCGCUGGGUUGAAUACGAGAUUGGGCGCCAGGGGAGACUGCGCGAAUGCACGUUGUAG